AUGAAACAGGAAGAGCCAGAGCACCCUCAACAGCAAAAGAGAGAAGUACAACUUCCAAUCAAAAAAGAGGAGGUAGAGACUCGUGAGCCCUUGAGGAGUGAUGAUGAUCCGAGUGAGGCCAGCAGAAGGGCGGAGCCUUCAAGCUGCAGCAGCAGCUCAAUAGAAGGAUUGCAAAGUGACAUUUUCAUCGCUCCGUCAGACAGAAAUAGCACCAUGUCAAACUCAACUUACAAUGAUGAUGGUCACAAGAAAUCUCAUCGUGAAGACAAACUCUGCAAACGCUCUCAGUAUGGGAAAACCUUUGCUAAUAACUAUACUUGUCGCACGAAUAUGAGGAGCCACACUGGUGAAAUACCUUUUGUCUGUUCAGUUUGUGGUAAAAAAUUCACUCGAAAGAGUAGCUUAAACAGUCACACAAGAUCCCACACUGGUGAAAAACCUUUUUCCUGCUCCGUUUGUGGUCGAGGAUUCACUCAAAUUCAACACUUAAAAAUACACACAAGAACACACACUGGCGAAAAACCUUUUUCCUGCUCGGUUUGUGGUAAAAAAUUCACUCAAAAGAGUAGCUUAAACACACACACAAGAAACCACACUGGUGAAAAACCUUUUUCCUGCUCAGUUUGUGGUCAAAUAUUCACUCUAAAGCAACACUUAAUAGUACACAUAAGAACACACACUUGCGAAAAACCUUUUUCCUGCUCAGUUUGUGGUGAAAAAUUCUCUGAAAAAGGCAACUUGAAAAGACACACAAGAACCCAUACUGGUGAAAAACCUUUCGUCUGCUCAGUUUGUGGUCAAGGUUUUAAUCGUAAGCAAAACUUAAACAUACACAUGAGAACCCACACUGGAGAAAAACUAUUUUCCUGCCCAGUUUGUGGUCAAGGAUUCACUCAAAUUCAAUACUUAAAAAUACACACAAGAACACACACUGGCGAAAAACCUUUUUCCUGCUCAGUUUGUGGUAAAGAAUUCACUCAAAAGAGUAACUUAAACACACACACAAGAACCCACACUGGUGAAAAACCUUUUUCCUGCUCAGUUUGUGGUCUAGGAUUCACUCGAAUUCAACACUUAAAAAUACACAUAAGAACCCACACUGGCGAA